CGUCGCUGAUCGAUCUCAUAAUUUGUGGAGCUGGUGGUUUCUAUAAUCGCCGGUGGUGAUGGCUUCUAACGAUCCUAAAAACGGCGGCGGUUUCUUCGCCUCUCUUGCUUCAUCCAUCACCAAUUUCGGAUCGGCCAUGAGCAAAUCAGUGAACGGUUUGAUGGGCUAUGAAGGGCUUGAAGUGAUUAAUCCUGAGGGAAGUACAGAUGAUGCAGAGGAAGAAGCAGGAAGAGGAAGAUGGAAGCAAGAGGAACGUGAUGGUUACUGGAAGAUGAUGCAGAAGUAUAUAGGGUCUGAUGUUACAUCUAUGGUGACUCUUCCUGUGAUCAUUUUUGAACCCAUGACAAUGCUGCAGAAAAUGGCUGAGUUGAUGGAAUACUCGCAUCUGCUAGACAUGGCUGACAAAACUGAAGAUCCUUACAUGCGUAUGGUAUAUGCAUCAUCAUGGGCUAUAUCUGUGUAUUAUGCCUACCAGCGUACCUGGAAGCCGUUCAAUCCAAUUCUCGGUGAGACUUAUGAGAUGACUAAUCAUAAUGGGAUCAAUUUUAUAGCUGAACAGGUUUGCCAUCACCCACCAAUGAGUGCUGGUCACGCAGAAAACGAGCAUUUCGCUUACGAUUGCACUUCAAAACUGAAAACGAAAUUCUUGGGCAACUCAAUUGACGUCUACCCAGUAGGAAGGACCCGAGUGACUCUUAAAAGAGAUGGUGUGGUUCUUGAUCUUGUACCUCCCCUGACAAAGGUUCAUAACCUUAUCUUUGGUCGAACAUGGGUAGAUUCGCCAGGAGAGAUGGUCAUGACGAACCUGACCACUGGUGACAAAGUGGUGCUUUACUUUCAACCAUGCGGCUGGUUUGGAUCUGGACGUUAUGAAGUGGACGGUUACGUGUAUAAUUCAGCUGAAGAGCCCAAGAUGCUAAUGACCGGUAAAUGGAACGAGUCCUUGAGUUAUCAGCCAUGUGAUGUGGAAGGCGAACCUAUUCCAGGCACCGAACUGAAGGAGGUAUGGAAGGUCGCUGAAGCUCCAAAGAACGAUAAAUUCCAAUACACACAUUUCGCUCACAAGAUCAAUAGUUUUGACACUGCUCCUAAAAAGCUACUGUCAUCUGAUUCACGUCUACGUCCAGAUAGAUACGCGCUUGAGAUGGGUGAUAUGUCCAAAUCUGGAUUUGAAAAGAGCAGCCUAGAGGAUAGACAAAGAGCUGAGAAGAGAAGCCGAGAAGAGAAAGGCCAAAGAUUUGCUCCAAAAUGGUUUGAUGAAACAGAGGAAGUCACUCCUACACCAUGGGGUGAUCUCGAAGUGUACCAAUUCAAUGGAAAGUACUCGGUGCACCGCGCCACAGCCGAUAACUCUGAGGAUACAACGGAUGUGAAGGUGACCCAAUUCAACCCUUGGCAAUUCCAAGACCUCUCUGCUUAACCCUGGGUGCCAUUUGUUGUGUAAUGUUUUGUUACUUUCUUAGAUUUUUCUUUUGUUUUUGGUACUGAUGACCAGUUUCAUUGUAUUUUUCCAUGAGUCUAUAUUUUCUGAGAUUGAGAGAUUUGUUUGCAAGGCAAUUCUACAGCAGAAAGAAAUUGAGAAGUUUCUUGGGGCUUAAGCAAUUAGCAUAAAACAUCUCAUUAUGU